UGAGUUCAGCUGCAGAUGAAUUGAGAAAGUGCCAACAGCAGUGAUCUGUGGUUCCUCAUGACAGCAGAAGGCAGUGUUCAAUCUGACGUCUGCAGGAGCGUCUCGCAUCUUCAGCAUCCUGUCAGAGGAGCCCAGAGGAACCGGACGCUCAGAGCCGCAGGAUGUCGAGUUCUCUGGUCGUGUGCGAGGUGGACGUCGGUCUGCAGGAGAAGCUCAAGAAGUUCCGCUUUCGUAAGGAGACCAACAACGCAGCCAUUCUGAUGAAGAUCGAUAUGGAGAAGCAGCUGGUGGUGCUGGAGGAGGAAUAUGAGAACAUCUCUAUGGAUGAACUCAGAGAAGAGCUUCCAGAGCGUCAGCCUCGGUAUAUCGUGUACAGUUAUAAACUGACCCACGGUGACGGACGGGUGUCGUAUCCGCUCUGCUUCAUCUUCUCUAGUCCUGUGGGCUGUAAACCGGAGCAGCAGAUGAUGUACGCCGGCAGCAAGAACAGGCUGGUGCAGUCGGCAGAUCUCACCAAGAUCUUUGAGGUUCGCAAUCCAGACGACCUGACCGAAGAAUGGCUGAAGGAGAAAUUGUCAUUUUUUCGCUAAAUUGUGAACGGCAUCAGGAAAUCACUCACAACUGAUCUCUGUUCAGAGUGAGAACUGUUUCCUGUUUUAAAUAUUUCAUCAUAAUUCUUGCUCUUUUUUCAUUUUGUGUAUUAUGUAAGACAUUGUGCCUGUAAAUCUGGAGAAACUGUUUUUCAAGUGUGUGAAUCAACAUCAUAUAAAUCACGUCUCAAUCUCA